AUGAUUCCGCGCCAUAUGUCAGGGGGUACAAAGACUGGAGCCUACAUGGACGCCAAUCUCCAGGCCCACCAACUGGAAACUGGUACUUCCUUUGGUCUUCUACAGCAAGAUUACCAGAACACAUCCAUUCUUGCGUCUGAUACCUGGCUUAAACGGGUAUGGAAGGAACUUGAGUCACUGGAUAUGUGUGUGGCCUUUGACUCCCCGGCCUUGUCUUUACGGUGUCAUCAAGACGCCCUCCUGAUUGACUUGUUCAUGGAUCUCGAGGUUGAUCAGGACGACCUUCUCUGGCUCAACUGGUGCCGGAUGUUCCUGCAAGUAACUACCGUGUCAGAUAUCACUACGGCCGAUGGCCGCUAUAUCCGGCAAUGCAUCUGGAACGGUUUCCGCGACGACACUUAUCGGACCCCAUAUAACUGGCCUCAAACGGUACGACCCGGGCCACCACCCUCUGCUCCAACCCCUGGGACCUUGGCACGACCACUUCGAGUCUUGGAACUGGCUCUGGUCGCCGACUGUUGGCUUGUUCCAUCGGGUUGGGGCUGCAUGGACCCAUCUCGCCCUUUGCGGCCCCUCUCCGGUUCUGACUUGGUGCUCCUCACUGGUACAGGUCUCCCAACCUUACCUUCCUCCGACCCGGCCCCCUCCAUCCUCAAAGCUUGGCAAACCUUUGCCGACCUCUGCACAGACUACUAUGGGUGGGUCCCUGAUGAGAUUGAGGUACAUGGGGAUGAGGCUGCCAUGGCCGAUGCCCUGAUCCAGGGUCGCCUCAGAAUCAUCAGUGAUGGGUCAUACAAAAAUGACCUCGGAACCGCUGCUGUUCAGCUCCUUCCAAAAGAGGGAACUGCUCGCAUUGUCAUCCGUUGUCAGACUCCAGGUUUACCUCAGGAUCAGAGUGCCUAUCGUAGCGAGUUGAUUGGCCUUCUGGCAGGGAUUAUGGCGGUUGAUUGGCUCCUCCAACAAUGGUUCCCAGUGUUGGACGUAUUGAUAUAUUGA